GAUAGUUCGUAUGUCAAAGUCGCUCCCUGUCUCAGUACCUGUCGUCACUUGGAUACAGCUGUGUCCAUGUCCGUGCCAGCAAACACUCUAUCUCCAGACGUCCUUCCACGGGAAUUCCCUCCUGAUAUCCAUGCCGUACGGUUACCCCGCGUACGGAACGGACAGGGCAGAAGAUAUUGGACUGGAGCUACGCUAUACACGUGCCACCUACGCCUUAUUAGAGAAAUUUGAACAGCAAAGCUAAUUUUCUUGUUGCGUGGGACGUGUUACCGCCUCUAACGUGUUGCUUUUGUUACAGCGAGUUCGUUAAAGCCCCGUGCCUCGGCAGAAGACCAACCAAAGCAACCGUUUCAAGCUGAAACCGGUCAGACCGAACUUCUCCCUGAGUGACGCCGUGCAACGCGUGCAGACUUAGCUCUGAGUAACCCUUAUUGUUGGAGGCUAUCAGCGGUUACAGAUUCCAGCCAGCCCAACCUGACUUAGGAGAACAAAAGAUGGCGUGCGAGAGUUUGCCGAUGUCUGUGAGCUGGGGCCUGCUGGCAGCAUUCAUCUGCCUGGUGUUACUCUAUGGAUACCGCACCAUGUCCGUGCUGCAGAAGCUGGGUGUACGCGGACCCACCCCGCUGCCGUUCGUCGGGAACCUGCUGACCUACAGGAAGGGACAGAAUGUCGCCUUCAGGGAAUGGCGUCAAAACUAUGGCAGGGUUUACGGGAUGUAUGAGGGUCUGGCCCCCAAACUGGUCAUCACGGAUCCUGAGAUAGUCAAACAGGUGUUCGUGAAGGACUUCAGCAACUUUCCAAUGAGAAUGCCCCUCUGCAUACCGAUCGGGCUGCCCGAGGAAACGCUGAUAUUUGCCGACUUCUCGCACCACAAGCGCAGGCGGGGCAUCCUGUCUCCUGCCUUCACCGCCGGAAAAGUCAAACUGAUGGUUCCACUGGUAAACAGAUGUGCGGACUUCCUCAUGGAGAACCUGGAUAAGCUGUUUGUAGAGGAGACCACGUUUGAUGCUAAACAGGUGUUCAGUUACCUGACCCUAGACGUGAUGGCCAGCACGGCCUUCGGUGUGGAGGUAAACUCCCAGAAGGACCCGCAGCACGCUUUUGUCGUGAACGCCAGGAAGGUGGACCUGUCUGUAGUAGGGGGGAUGAAACCCAGUCUCAUCAUAGCAGCCGUCCUGUCUAUGGUUGUCCCCAUGGAUGUUCUGGAGAAGUGGGGGCUGACAGUUGUCCCUGCUGACGCGGUCUCCUUCUUCCACAGCAUCCUGGAGACCAUCCUCACCAUGAGGAUCAAACAGCAGCCUAAUGAGCGGCGGAUGGAUCUGCUAGAACUGAUGAGAGCAGCCCGUGAGGAACACUGUUUGGAUCUGCCCGAGGAAUUUGAGAAAAGCCUGUCGGCAGAUGAAGUCACCACAGAUGCGAUCAGUUUCUUCCUUGCCGGUUACGACACCAUAGCAGGCCUGCUGGGAACCACUGCAGUCAACCUGGCCAGGUAUUCCGACAUGCAGGACAAACUACUGCAGGAGGUCGCAACUGUCACAGAGGAACAGGGUUAUGUUCAAAAUGAGGACAUCCAAAAGAUGGAGUACCUGGACAUGUUCCUGAUGGAGACCCUGAGAAUGGACUCUGGAGCAAGAUUUCCCCGCCUGUGUACCCAGGACACUGAGAUCAGCCCGGGCCUGACGGUCCCAGCCGGGGUAGAGGUCAUCAUUGACUCGGACAGUCUGCAUAUCGACCCGGAGUACUGGCCUGAACCAGAAACAUUCAUACCGGAGAGGUUUACCAAAGAGGAAUCAAACAAGCGUGAGCCAUUUACCUUCAUCCCGUUUGGGCAAGGCCCCCGCACGUGUAUCGGCAUGCACCUCGCCCUCAUGGCCACCAAGAUCACCCUGGUGCGCAUCCUGCAGAAGUACCGCUUUGUGGCCUUUAACGUUACGGUUGAAGUGAACGAGCUGAACAAGGCUGCUGAUCUCAGGCUGACGGAUCAUGGCCUGGGGUUCUUCGUGAGGAACCAGUGGGUCAAGCUGGAGCGGCUGGACUACUAA